UUUCGGCAGGUGCCCACACUGACGUUUAUGAUAUCAAAGUGUGCGACGCUCCAACCCUCUUGUCGGAAAUUUAGGAUCGUCCACACCACCUCCAUCGACGUAUUCAACUGUGUUCUUAGUGAUAUUAGACAUAGUUAGCAUGAUGAUUUUCCUUGAUCGACUGCGAUAUGUCAGCAGUGCCCUCGCAACUACUCAAGUUGAUGAUCAAACAGAUCUAGACAAAUGGGAAGCAUUCUCAAAAACGUUUCAAAGUGAAAUCGAUGCAUCUAACCUACUCGCUACCGUACUUCUAGCCGCCAACGUCGGAUUUCUCGCUAUCCAAUCUAUUGACCAGGAAGGAUUGUCUUACUGGUCUCAGAGAUUAUGUUACAUGUCUCUGUUUACUGCACUGGGUAGCGUUACAAUGGGAUUAGCCGUCAGGACACCGAGAUUCUUUACGGCUCACAAUAGACUGUGCUUCUCUGCGAUGCAGUUGUGUUUAUUUUCUCCGUUUGGAUCCUUGUUAUACAGUGUCUAUUUCUUCCUUACUGCACUCCUGGUACAUCUCAGGGAUCAAGCAGCCACGGUUCAAUUAUAUUUCGCCUUUGCUGGCAUUCUUUAUGUCCUCUGCAUGCUCAUUGUGUAUGCGCUUCUCACAGAGCCACAAGGGAUACAUUCUGUGCUUUACUUGUUUAAUUGGGCUAGAACGGAGCUGAGGAGGCAUGGUAUUCAGUUGGUUCAAGUGAUUAGCUGAAGUCGAUCACUACGCGAAAUACCUAUUUACCUUUCCUGCGUUCCACCUUCCAUCAGGCAUCAUAGAUAACUCGUUUUUCCAACCGUGCGCCAGAUCACAAAGGGCACCUAGUUAACCUGCCACGAUGCACCCCAUUCGUCUUGAUCUUCCACUCAUGUAGUCGCCAGAAGUCCCCGGUCGGCCCACCUGAACACGAAAAGCACAUACGUAGAAUACAUGCGACAUAGCACGAUUGUGUGAAGACUAUCACAACGCA